GUGGCAAUUAAUUGAGAAGUAAUUUUGGGAUGAAUAAUUAAAAAAAAAAAGGAAAAGAAAGGAAAAUGGGCACAGCAACAGUUUGGUGGAGAGCGAGAGCUAUAAGUGCAGGAGUAGGAAGCGAUUGGAGGUUGUCCGAAGCCAGAAUCCGGAAAACGUGCAUUAGUGUGUCAACGAGAAGUAGUUGCUGUUCAUCGCCACUAACACUAAUCGUUUCUUCAAUGCCUUAUGAGAAGGAACUCGCCGCUGCAAAGAAAGCAGCCACUCUAGCCGCUCGUCUCUGCCAGAAAGUUCAGAAAGCUCUUCUGCAAUCCGAUGUCCACUCAAAGUCAGACAAAAGUCCCGUUACAGUGGCCGAUUAUGGUUCACAGGCAUUGGUCAGCUUUAUACUUGAGAGAGAGCUUCUUUCUGAACCAUUUUCAAUAGUAGCCGAGGAGGAUUCAGGGGAUCUUCGUAAGGAAAGUGGCCAGGAAACACUGAAGCGCAUUACAGAACUUGUCAAUGAUACUCUUGCUAGUGAAGGAUCAGAUAGCUUUCCUACUUUAACAACAGAUGAUGUGCUUGCGGCCAUUGACAAUGGUAAGUCUGAAGGUGGUCCAGUUGGACAGCACUGGGUUUUGGAUCCGAUAGAUGGUACAAAAGGGUUUGUAAGAGGAGACCAAUAUGCUAUAGCAUUAGGUUUGCUACAUGAAGGAAAAGUUGUAUUGGGUGUCUUGGCUUGUCCAAAUCUUCCACUGGCAUCCAUUGGCUCUAAUCAGCUUCAUUCUUCAAAUGAAGUUGGUUGUCUCUUCUUUGCUAAAGUUGGUGAGGGAGCAUAUAUUCAAGCACUGGGUGGUUCUACACAAACUAAGGUCCAUGUUUGUGAUGUUGAUAAUCCAGAGGAAGCAUCAUUUUUUGAAUCUUUUGAAGCAGCACACUCCUCGCAUGACUUGUCUAGCUCCAUUGCAGAAAAACUUGGUGUCAAAGCACCACCAGUCAGAAUUGAUAGCCAAGCAAAAUAUGGAGCUCUAUCAAGAGGAGAUGGGGCUAUAUAUUUGCGUUUCCCUCACAAAGGAUACCGUGAAAAAAUAUGGGAUCAUGCUGCUGGAAGCAUUGUUGUGACUGAAGCUGGAGGUAUCGUCACGGAUGCUGCGGGGAAUCCUUUGGACUUUUCAAAAGGAAAGUUUCUCGAUGUUGUUUCUGGUAUUAUUGUUACAAACCAGAAAUUAAUGCCAUCGCUUCUAAGAGCAGUUAAAGAAGCACUCAAUGAGAAAGCAUCAUCCUUGUGAUUUCCAUUAAGCUUGUUUACUUUGUGGUCGGUUCAUUAUAUGGGACCUUCUCCUCAAUGUGCUAUAUUUCCUUCGUGAUCUGAAGAACAUGAUUGGAAAUGCUCUCAUUUCCUCUUUGAAGCAGAUUUCUGCUCUUGUUUUUUCUCUGCUAGUCUUUUCCUGACAUGUACUUUUCUUUUUCUAUUAUUUUCUAUCAAUAAGCAGAGAUCUUCGUUUAAAUAUGCUUGAUAA